GACACGCGUACAUUAUGAACACUGACUUAUGUCUCCACAAACAGACCACACACACGUGUAUAAUAGGUGUCCCUGUGGAUAUGUGUAAGGACGGACGGAUGUGGAAUUUAAAUAUGUUAAGGGUGAACUCUUAUGAAUAAUGAGUAUGAUGCCUGGCGUACGUGUAUAAAUUAUGUAGGUUUAAUAGCUGUAUGUUUACAUAUGCAUAUGUGGAUAUGAAGAAGACAGUAAAUUAUAUCCAAUGUACAGAUGAUAUUGGAAACCCAAACGGGGGAGGACGCUAUGCAAAUGACGCAUAGGUAUACACGCUUACGCUGCGGAGAUGAGGAAGACGAGAUCAGGACGGAAGGCCGGAAAGGAACUGAGGCUGAUCCGGACACGACGUUUUCCAAUCUCUCCAUCAGCACGAUGGACAACGAAAAGAAGAAAACCGUGUGCUCCCGCCUCGUUCUGGGUGGGAUAGUUGUGGGCCUGGUCUGUGUGGGAAUUGGCAUAGGCAUCGGUUACGCCGCGAGGGGUUCAAGUCAAGAGCAGACCCACGUCAACGGCGACGGUCCAGCUAAAGAGGCGCAAACUCAAGACGCCAUUGAAGUACUGUUAAACAGCCUUGACAGCACAAACAUCAAAGAAAAUCUCAGGCGAUACACCAGUCGACCGCGCAUGUCCGGAACAGCUGGCGGUGAUGAAAUUGUCGACAUUAUCGCCAAGGAAUGGCGUGACAGCGGAUUGGAUAUGGUCCGGAUUACGCCGUAUGACGUACUGAUGUCUUACCCAAACCGCACGAACCCCAACACGGUACAACUGACCGCAAAGGACGGCACUGUAAUGUUCGAGGCGGCUACGUUUGAGGCGCCUUUAGACGCAGAAGGUAACAACAGCGAAGUUGUGCCUCCCUUUAACGCGUUUGCCGUGGCAGGCGUUGCCGAGGGGGAUCUAGUAUACGUGAACUAUGGCCGUAUCGAGGAUUUCGUGUUCCUUGGAGAUAACAAAUCUCUGUCUGUGGAGGGAAAGAUUGUCAUCGCCAGAUAUGGAAAAAUCUUCCGUGGAGACAAGGUGAAAAUAGCCCAGCAGUUUAACGCAACAGGUAUCAUUAUGUACACUGAUCCGGCUGAUUUUAAUAUGGGCAACUCAACUUACCCAAACAGCUGGUGGCUCCCCGGGAGUGGGGUCCAGAGGGGGACCACGGGGCCCGACGGGGACAUGCUGACCAUGUUCUAUCCAGCUAAAGAUUAUACCUACCGCAUUCCUAAAAGUGAAAGUUGGAUAAGCGAUUCUACGAUUCCUGCGCAGCCUAUUGGCUAUGGAGACGCACAGCAGUUUUUGAGUGCUAUGAAAGGAGAAGAGGUUCCCGUAUCGUGGAGAGGCAAACUACCUAUCAAGUAUAGGUUCGGACCAGGUUUUACAAACACUAGUUUGAGCGCACGUCUCACCGUUAAUAACUUCGAGGAGGUGAAGACAGUGAGAAAUGUGAUUGGAUACAUACGAGGGGAGGUAGAACCAGACCGGUAUGUGAUGUUGGGGAACCAUCAUGAUUCCUGGGUGUUUGGGGCUAUAGAUCCCCUCUCCGGGUCAGCGGCUCUCACAGAAAUCAUCCGGGUCUUUGGAAAUCUUCUUACGCAAGGGUUAAGGCCCCGCCGAACACUGGUGUUCGGGUCAUGGGGAGCGGAGGAGCAUGGUCUGAUAGGAUCUACAGAGUGGGUAGAGGAACACAUGAAAGUGUUGUACGAACGCACCGUUGCCUACCUUAAUGUUGACUAUGCCUGCGACUACCCUUACACUCUAGUAGCAGGUUCCAGUCCACUGCUUCAGGAUUCAUUGUAUCAGUCAGCCAAAAAGGUACCAAAUCCAGAAAAGAACAGCCCGUAUAAGACAUUGUACGAUGCAUGGAACGUUCGUUUGCCGAACAGUGACAAAACUGAACCAAGCGUUUAUUACAGCCUUGGAUCUGGAAGCGAUAUGGCGACUUUUUACCAACGUGCAGGCGUCCCGAGUGUGGACAUGUGGUUCACGUAUGACGAAAACAGAUGGGAUAUCCUGUCUUACCCAACGUACCAUUCUGCCUACGAGACGUUUGAGAUGUUCUCAAGAUUCAUCGACCCCAACUUCAACUACACACUAGCGAUGGCUCAAAUGUGGUCCGUCAUGGCGUGGGACCUUUCUAAUGUGGAACUUCUGCCAUUCGAUGCUACUCGGUAUGCCACUGCUAUACAAAAUUUCGUCGCCAGUCUUAAAAAGGAUUUCGGCGUCGUAUGGCACCAGCAGAACGUCAAUAUAGAUGCCCUAGAUUCCGCAGUAAGGAAUCUUACUACCAGCACAAAUACCUUCAAGAACAAGAUAAACUCACUGGCAGAUAGAAGUCCGCUUUCUAUCCGAAUGCUAAAUGACAAAAUGAUCCAGUUCGAGCGAGCAUUCAUUGAUCCAGAGGGGCUUCCUGACAGGCGAAUAUAUAAACACGUUAUGUUCGCACCCAGCCUGUAUGAUAGCUAUUCCGACAACAGUUUCCCUGGAGUUGUAGAUACCAUGCAUGACAUUCAGUUAAAUAACCGAACAGAUAAAUGGGGUUUACUGAAACAACAGGUUUCAGUUGCCACCUACACAAUCCAAUCAGCAGCUAACACAUUGGAGGAUAUAGGGCUGUGAAAUGCACACCUUUUUACUUAUUCAUGUAAAUAUAGAAAGGAUCAAAUUUUGUUUUAUCCCCCGCUUUCGAAACGGGAAAUUUAAUUUGGGUUUGACCGGCUGUCGGUCUAUCAGUCUGUCACGCUUCGUUUCCGUGCAAAAACUGCAACAAAUGUUAACCGAUUUUCUUCAAACUCCGGCCAAGUAUGAUGACCACUUUCACUUAAUACUUCUGUAUAAGGCUUUUUCCUUCUUCGAGUUAUACAUUAUGUCUCAACAGCAUGAUACUCCCAUGUUUAAACCUAACCUCAAUAAUGUUUACCUACAAUAUGUCCUGCAAGCGGGGGAUAUAAAUUCCACGAAUUUGCUUGUUGACCAUGGAAUUUAAUUAUGGUUUUAAAAUUUAACUACAAUGAUAUGUGCAUACUGACAAUGUGUAUUGUUUAUAUAGAUAAAGUAUACGACAAGCGAUGAUUGGUUAUGAUGUAGGUAGAAACAAAGUUUAUUCUUAAAUACAAUGAACAAGCUACAGCAAGUAUAUCAUUUUUGAUAUAUAAAGAUUUUUGGAAUAUAUCAAUAAGAUUUUCGAGAGCAUAUCGUUUACAAAUAUGUGUGUUUAUGUUAUAUAAAAAAUAUAUUGGGCGGUUAAGAAGACAUCAGCAUACUUAUGAGAUUUGGGGAGAUUAUUAUAUAAAACAUGACUUUUAAUAAUUUAAAAUAUAUCCAUAUCUUGUACGAGAUUUAUUAAAGAAUAUAUAUCAUUUACGAUUUCAAUUUCGAGAAUCUGAAUAUAUCGGUACAAUGUAGGAGAUUUCGCAAUUAUAGUACAUUUAAGAAAAUAUUCGUCGCGAUUUGAAAUAUAUUUAUAUAAUGUUUGAGAUUUAUAUUGAGGAAUAAACUUUCGACAUUUGAAAUAUACUAUGACAAAGCAUCAUCAAGUGCUAAUAUCCGUGUCUCUUAAAGCAUAACGCCUUAACAUUAAAAGUUAAAUUUUAAAGCAAUUCAAUGUCAUUCCAUGCUGUGUUUGCUUAUAAAGAGUUGGUUGAGAAAACCUAUCAUAUUUGGAAUUAAAACUGAUACCUGAUCGAUGAAUUGAUUGCAUUUUACGAGUUCAGUAACCUAAAUUACUAAUUUGGAAAAGAAAUAUAGGAUAUACAGAUUUAAACAAAUAAUCAUCCGUAUCACUUAUGUGCGAUUUACUGCAUACGAACAUUUUGUUAGCGGUAUUUUAAUUUGACCGCUAAUUUUAUUGAAAUUUCUGCAUAUAUCAUGAGUGUACCGAUUCAUCAAUACGUUAAUAUGUUAAAAUUUGAGAAUACGCUAGAAUACGUACUCUUACAGCAGAUGUUUUAAAUGAUUUAAUACCCUCUAAGUAAAUAUUAUUGAUGAUUUCAUGGAAUUUUAUUAUCGUGUUUUCAAUAUUAAGUAUUUUACUAUAAUCAAGCAAAUAGGAUUAAUAAAGUGUAAUAAUUUAACUGCUUUUAAACAAACGGAACACUGGCCUUAUAUAGUUGAAACAUUAUAAAUAACAUUUUAUUGAUUUCUAAUUUGAUAACAGAUAUAUCUCGCUCUUUUGGCAGAUUUCACUGAUUGUCAAUUAUUCGUGCUGGUCCAUUGUGAAAAUGUAGACAAAUUAUGUGAUCCUCGAUAUUUGAUAACCAACGACAGUUAAUAUAUUCUCUAUAUGUAUAUAGAUAUAUCUUCAUAUAUGUUAGUUAAAUAACCAGUCAUCCAAUGUAAAUUGUGAUUUAUGCAUAAAUGCAUGUUAUCAUGCUAUAAUCAUAUCAUUUAUAGAAGAACCGAUGAGCACUUCGAAAUUGUUUCUAUUGUUUACUGCUAAACGAUGCGUAUGUUAAGUUUGAUUUUAAAUGCAAAAACCUAACUUGUUGUCACUGUAGUACAUUCAUAGAAAUAGUUCGUUCCAUAUUCAUCAAAAUGACGUCAUGAGGAAUAUUGUCAUUUAAUUCACAUUACAUUGACACAUGACUGUGAUUGACUGAUACUAUCUUUUUGUGUUAUGUUUGAAAUAUACUGUAAUCAAUCGAGUACAGGUAAGCGUUUCAAACCUAAAAGAAUAACAGUUUAGUCUGUUCCCUUCAAUGAAGUUCGGUACAUGAUAUCGAAUGCAUCUUUGUAAAUAUUUUUAAGAUUUUAUAAUAAUUUAUAUUUAUGUAUAUAAUUCAGGUCCAAAAUUCGUUGAUUGAAUUUUGAUAUUGUUAAUGCCAUGUUUCCCUAUGAUUCAAUUUCUAGUUUCAUUGUACAUUUGUGUUUAAGUAUAAUAAGAAUCAUAUUGUAUUGUUCCAUCAUUAUGUUAUCGUCGUGUCUGUGCAAAAUGUUGUUAUAGAUGUAAGGGGAGCGUACUCUAAUUAGCUUAAACAUUUUGUUUUGCCGUUUUGUUCAUGAGAGGUUAUUUUUACCCUUAAGAUCCGAUUCGCAUUGAAUUGACUUUGAAUAAAAAUGCGCUAUUUACACAAACAUUAAAAAGGCGAACCGGGACAAAAAUGUGGAACUCUUCAAUGUCUCAGAUAUAAAGAUUAUACAUUGGUCUUCAUAAAAGUCCAGCUUUUAGAUUUACUGGAAUUGUUUUACUAAUCAAUGAUCUCAACAAUUAAAUGCCCUUGUCAUCCAAAUCUUAUUCUCAUUUUAUUUUUUAGGUGUGAUAUCUCAAGUAUAUGCAAUUUCGAUUAAAAUUCAUUGGAUAGAAAACCAAAAGCCUCCUAUAUUUGUUUUUUAUAUCGUAGAAACUGCUAUUUUAAUAAUAUUUCAACAUCAGAUUUGAACUACAUGCAUGUGCAUGUUAAGUUCAUUGCAAUGCGAAUUCCUUUAUUUCAUACUUUUUAUCGUUAUAAAUAUUUGCAUAUAUUCAUGUUAUUUGCUUUUGUCAUUCCAAAGGGAAAAUUGAUUUUUGCAUAGGUAUGAAUGUACUGUUUCACCGUUUUAACUUAAACUAUUUCCCAGUAUCCAAGAGUUAUUGAUACUAUGAUUGAUACUGGAAUAUAAUUCAUAACAUGAUGUGCAUAUCUUUGUAUUCUAAAGACGUCUUUGAAUAUCAUAUUAAUCAUUUAUCAUGCAAGUCUCGUAUUGAGAAACUGUUUACAUUGGUGUAUCAUUGUCUGAAUGAAAUACAAGUUCAUGAUGUUAAAAUGAAACGCAAAAUAUACUUUUAUUUUUAUAUUUCCUGCUUUAACGUUUUAGACUUUGAUACUUUAUUUCAACUUCGAUACAUUAUGAUAAAUACAUGUAUACGAAAGAGUAGGUUUGUUAGAGUUGUAUUGGUCAAAUUCUGUGGUUUAUUUACAUAUCCUUUUAAGGUUCAACACACACACACACACACUCACACACACACACACACACCACACCACCCUACCCCAACCCCCCUUGAGAGAGCUUAUAGUCACCCUAAAUUCCUUCCCCUGGUAAGUGAUAUUAAAAGAUCCAUAUCAAAAGUUGGAACUGAGAUAUGUCAUUAAAAAAUGGAACGUGUACAUUAUAUUUCUAAAAUAUUCCAUAGUGAGGAACGUAGUCAAUAAUAAGGCAUUUAGGCUGAUGAUUUGAUAAAAAAUAGUUCACCGUACUUAUAACAUGUCAGGCUCCUUUGCAAUCAAACUAAGUGCUACGAAAUGACAUACUUUCUUAAAAUCAUAUGUAUUUCUAGCUCAUGCGUAGCUUUAUUUUCUCUUUUUCUAGCUUUGGAGAGACAUGCCGGAACUUUCAAUUACUGAUGUACAAGUGAAAUAUCUUUUUAACUAUAUAUAUACGUUACGGUCUUUAAUAGGGGUAUUUGAAUAUAACCCAUCGGGUGGUUAGAAUUAAGGGUGACCAUGGCCCUUCAGGAGGCUUGUUGAACCGUAAACAUGCUUUCUCUUUGCUUUGUAUAGCUGUAUGAACGCCAAUACAAUAUCAUGAAAAAAGGCAGUCGCCAUAUUCGCGAGGUGAAGACGUAUUAUGUUAUUAUAAUAACGUCAGAAAUUGUCUGAUUCGUAGAAAUUACGAAUUCACCAAAAAGGGGUGUAUUUAGAAUGUAAAACAUGAUGUGUAUGUCUUUGGGAUGACUGGCUUGAUAAUGCAACGUUUAAUUUGAUAUAAAGUCAAACAUCACUUACAUUAAAGACCUUCUUUGUUUAGGGACCCCAUUUUGGGUUUACUGGGGAGGCUGCUCGGGAUACGUAUUUGACAGUAUAAGGUAAAGGAGGUAUGCAUAACAUACUGACAAACAAAGAAGAAGGUUUGUAUUUUGUAUCGGUGAUAGUAUGUAACAUAAAUACAUACAUGAACGAGAAACGGGUAUUUCCAUGUUUAAUUGUUAGGCCAUAUGUGCAUAUGCGAUAUUUUUAUCUGUAUAUAGGACUAUCUUGGCCCGUAUCAAAUCAAUAUAGAUACGUUUCAUAGCCACCCUGUACGAGUUAAAUCCGUUGUACAAACGGCACAAAUAAUUCAAUAUCACGUAUCAACUGCUCGCAAACCUGUUUUUGAUUGAUGAAGUUUCAUAAGAUUCACACAGUUUUUUAUAUACACACUAUCAUAGACUUGAAAUAAACCAGUACUCAUCUAACCUCUGAAAUUCAUAUUAUUUAAGGGUUUUUAUGUUUCCACCUCUCCUUCUUUUUCACCGUAUGUCAGCAGUAGUUGUUUAAGACAAAAUUUGGAUUUUAACAUUGUUUUGUAUCAAGUCUCACCGACGAGUCCUAGAAAGAUCAAAUACAUGUAUCGUGCAGUGCUAUUCAUUUUAGGAGUACUGUACCUAUAACUAAUGUUAUAGGUGCCCUACGUCAAGAUUCCUGUGACUUUUUUUCUAUUUAUGAUAACUGGCAUGACUUAGUAUCUACAAUGUGAAGUAUAUAUCAAACAAUGUUUAGAAUCGCUAUUUAAUAUCCUAUCCCAUAUCAAACUUCGGCACAUAUCGGGCCCCUUGCACCUCAGGCUGUUUAGUAUACCCUUUCCCCAACUUGUGGGUAAGACAGAAACAAAAUCCACCCAAAGGCUCAGAUUCCUAAAUAUCUAGAGGCUUUGCCGAGGGCGAGCUUCGAUGCAUUGAAGACGUGACGUUGAUACAUUGUUGACCUGACGUCGUACAAUUGGUUGAAUGGGGAAUCCCCCGUUUCAACCCUGGAGUUAGGCUAUGAUAUCUCGCAUCGGGAAAAUUGUGGAUACGCCUGUCUAGGAUAAGAGAAGUGAGAGUAUCUGGUUGAAAAUGAAUAUAAGAUGUUUAGGAGAUAGGACUAAUGUAUAUGAGAUUUGUUUGGCCUAUGUGCGAUAAGUAUUACGUGAAAAAAUAUUCUUUGAUAAUGAAAUCCAGUGCAAACGAUGAUUAAAAGGUAUUCCAAGUA